UGGUUGGGCGAUUUAUGGGAGAAAAGAGUUUCAACUUAGAAGCGAUUUCGCGCUGAGCUAGGUGAUGAUGGAAGAAGGAGGAAACUAGGGUACCCAGAGAAAACUGAAAGCCUGUCCUACGAGAGCUGAACCAGAGACCUUUCAGUUCUCACUCCCGAGUGCCUCCUGUCGCAAGCACAUGGUUCCCCCCUCUGCAUGUUGUGAAGUUGGCGACUGGGGGACAUUAAGGGCAAAGCGGUAAAUCUUUACACCCUUUGUAAGCGCCACCAAAGUUCAUUCUGCAACAAACAUCUACGUGCCAUUUAAAAAAAAAGUACUAACAGCUGGGAGGUGUCGCCGUAUUCAUUCAUGCGUGUCAGACACUCCCAAAGACUUGAACUCCAGGUAACUCCGCCCGAGGUCUAAGGGCAAUUCUGGAGCAGGUAAUGUGUCGGGUGUAAAAGGUUGUGAGAAGAAAAAAAAAAUAGAAAAAAGUUGUAAACGCGAGAAGUUGUUAAAAGGUGCAGACACUAACAUGUGGUUCUCAACAAGGGAUUGAAUACUUCUUCUCCUCGAUCGAGUCGGAGUCCACCAACAAAAGUAACUUGUCUCCGUGUCCUGAAAUAGAUAUGUUUCUAUUUUGAUCCCGAUACUCGGUCCGAUCGAAACAAAGAAACGAUCCGAGUGGAACCGAGUGUUUACAACGAGGGUGAAGUUAAAAGCGGAGAAUACUUCGGUCCUCUUUGCCACAUGAACUCUGUCGCUGUUUCACCGCCAGCACGCAAACAACCACUGACAGUCCAGCCUGACAACACAUAUACAGACAUCUAAGAUUGUUCGAAACUCUUCUUCUCUAUGGAGAAACUGCAUAAUGUUACUGAAAUGAUGGCACGGAGAUGAAGAAGCAGAUGGGAAAGAGCUUGACUCCAUUUGGACGUGACGGAAACUCCCAUUGGAUGUCUUCAGAGUUUGUUUGUGGUUUGUUUUUCGAAACUGGUCAUGACUGAAUUUAAUUCUGCGUGUUUCGAGCUCAGGAUUCGAACUGGACGUCUGUAAACUUUCACCUUAGGACGGGGCUAACAGUAGAACUCUCAGCCUGGAAACGUGUUGUCGGAUGACACGUCGCCUCGAGGAACUGCUGAUCGAUGUUUAGAGCUUCGAACGCGUCAACAAAGUGGUCAGCGCGGCAGCUAGUGUUUAUCAGUGAUUUUUUUUUUUAAACUGUUGUGUACGUGGUGAGUACCAUUUCGUGUUGCUGUGCUGAAUUCUCAUCGGAUUGAGAUGCUCCGACAGUCUUUAACUACCUCCUUUUUCGUCUUUUGACUCCGUGGGCGCGCCUCUGGAUGGUUUUUUUACGACUAACAUUGAGUCACUGCACCAUUUUCAUCAUCAGCGUAUGGACAGGUAGAAACUGUUUUACCUGAAGAGCAGACUUUUUACACCUGUCCGCCGCUAGCAACCAACGCACCACAGAGCACCCAGCGGGAACAGAGUAAAAGAUUUCCAGAAGGCGUCGUCUGCUGCUGAACGUCACCGCACUCUGGUCACGUGACGUGUUACUAGGAUGGUGAUGUACACUGGUGUCAUGUGAAACUACAUUAGGAUGGUGCGUCACUCGGACAGACGUCUACAGCCUGUUCCAACGGCUUGCUUUUCUGUGACUAUUAACAAUUUUUUUAAAUCAAGGAUCAUAUCUCACUGUAAGUCUUCAAAUUUUGUUCCCUCCUCAAUAAUAUUUCUGAAGUAUUUGUCUCAGAAGCUAUCCUAAAAGCUCCUCGCUUGAAUGAAACAGUUUCAGAAUGUUGAAAUAUGAGAUAACGAAAUACAACUGAGUCGACGGAAUAAUAAAAUAAGAUUUAAACAUGCACACUCUCUCCUCGUGACCCCCAUGUUGCUGUUGCUAAGGACGCUGGCGCAUUGUUUUUACAUCCAGAGUGUGCUGUCUUCCGGUCACUGCUCGCGAGAGGUCAAAGGCCCUGUCGUUGCACAUGCGCACUGAUGUCUACAGCUCAAAGCUUUUCUAAUCUCUUCUUUGCCAUCUGGACACAAGACUGAAGUUUGGAAGUGUUUGGCGACCAUGGCGAUAAAGACGAAGAAACAAAGUGAAGAAAUCAAAAAGAAAUCGAUGACUGGAUGGUUUAUCACAUCAGGAGAUCUCACUCAUGCUACUUUGUUUACGCGCCGAGCUGGUUGAUUUGACAAAUCCAAAAUUAAUGGGUUCUUGGACCUUUGUGUACUGGCAAGGUGAAGGGUUCUGUGGGUCAUCGUCGUGGCGUAGCCUGGUGGUCGCGAGAGUCUACGAGACACGUUUGUGGCAGGGACUGGGCCCACAACCGGUCAGCCCCGCACCUCCCAACUUCUGAAGCAUUUGGUGUAACGCUGACAUGCGCACAGCCCCACAUUACAAAUGUCACGCGAUCGCCUUUUCGAUUGCUAAAGACGGUGAAUGUUUGGAGACGAAAUUUGGCGCGGGUACAAAGGGUGGGCUCUUGGCGACAUUUCAUUGAUCAGCUUCCUCUUUUUUUUUUUUUUUGCUCUCGGCGGUGGCGCACCCUUCGCCACCCGUGCAUGGACACCCGUCGAGCACCACAAAUAUAAUUACAGGGUUUACGCGAGGCGGGCGUGAAAAAAAAAAAAGACUAGUCUGACUGGUACCGGGACUUGAAAAGAAAAUAAAAUAAAAGCUUUGACUGCGGAAACAUUUAUCUGAUAUCUGUAACAAGAUUCUAUCGACUUUACUUUUUUUAAUCAUAUGACAUCCGACGGUCGGUUCCUUAUAUCUGGACUCUUACCUGGUGUUACCGUAAUGAAUUCUGAACCAGCAAGCACUGGUGGUUGCUACGGACGCUGGAAGUGUUGCUGUCGAGUCCCAAGACGAUUUUUAAGUUCGCUUUACUUUGAGGCCGCCUGGUUUCCAGACCGCCGCGCAAGGACUGAAGGGAGAGUCAAUCAAAUAUACAGACUACAGUGUUCAGUGCAAGGCACCUCGUCCGAAUGUUGACGUCAUGCUUAUAAUUUGGGUUCCAGUGGAUAUCGAUGUGCACGUGCUUUUCAGGGCUCAACGCACGUGCUUCGCGUGAAGAAGCGCGAGUUGGACUUUUUAUUCAUUCUUUAUAUAUUUAUUUUCCCUUCGGGAAAGCCAAAGAUAGCCAGACGACAAACCAAACAAGCAAUAGACGCCAGUUUGAGCGUUGUCGAGGUUUUGAAGUGGUUUUUGAAAUCUGAUAUCACGGCGCAAUAGUCUUCAAUAGUAAUCAUGGGAUUUGGAACGAACCGUUUCGUGAACACAGUAGAUCCGAACCUCAUGUGUGGUGUGUGCCGGGGAGUAUUAGAGGGCGCAGUCCUGACAUCUUGCGGGCACACCUUCUGCCACAUGUGCCUGCGCACCUGGCUGGCCCGCCCUGCUGCUCUUACCUGUCCGGAAUGCCGGGCACCUGUCUCCUCCGACGCCGUCAACCCCGUCCACGCAUUGCGGAACCUCAUCGGCAGCCUCGAGGUCCGCUGCGACCACGCCCACCGUGGAUGCAAAGCUGCGGUCAGACUUGACCUCCUGGCAGGGCACCUCAGCACCUGCGACUUCGCACCCGUCCAGUGCGCAGGAUGCGGUCAGGCGGUCAGCAAGCUGCAUCUCCCCGAACAUCAGAUGGACUGUCCGGGCAUCGCUGCCUCCGUCAAUGACAAUGACGACUCGGCGGAAGGUUCUACCAGCGACGACGAUGAUGAGCGCGAUUCCUGGGAGCUGAGGCUGAGCAGGACAUCAGCGGGCAAGUCCGCUUGUAUUGGGGAUGUCCUCGCGCUGAUGGACCGCAUCCGGGCUCUGGAAUCGCGCGUGGAACGCCUUUUGGGCGAACUCAGAGCAGCCAGGACCGCUAACCUGGACCUGGAGCGCGAGUACAAGCAGAUCAGCGAGCAGCUCCGCGAGAAACGCCGAGAGAUCCGCGACCUCCGAGACGUGGAGGCUUUCCUGGACCGCAACUGCUCCCCCAGCCCGGAGACAAUGGCGCAGCUGUCGCUCUUCAUCGCCCGCAACCUGCUGCGGAAACCGCGCUACGUGGAGGUGGGUCGGGCUUUUGAAGCGAUACAGAAGUGCUACGACAGGUUCCAGGGUGCGCACCCGGAUUGCGAGCACGACAUGCACAUGCUGCUGGCCACAGCCUACGCCAGCAACUGGUUCUCCCCCAGACAGCGGCUGUCCAUCAGCUGCUGGCUCUGCACGAUCACUCGUCCUGGUAUGCGUGUAGGGAGUACCUUGCUGAACAGAUAGACGAACUCUGGGUGUGAUGCUGGGUAGUAACGUCAGGCUAACCCUGAUGAUGUCCGUUGCUGUUCGGGAAAGAAAAUUACUUCCUUACCUGAGGUGAAAAUAGAUGUCGAGGACCUACCCAAAAUUGGAAUCAGAAAAUGUUAAUUUAAACUUGUGAAAAAGCAAAAACUUUAUCACUUUGUCAUAAAAAAUGCGAACAUACCGUCCGUUAUUCUGCAUUGACAAUGAGUGACUUGAAUUUCCUGAAUGGGUUAGACGUUGUUUGUUUUCUGUCAUUGUGUCUACCUUCAUAGAUACAGUGUAGUGUAUUGUUACUAAAUACAUUUUGUCGCUCACCUUCUUUUCGUCUAUUUUCUACCAAUCUAGUCAACCCUGUCACCUGUGGGUUUGUAGCGUAUGCACGUUACGUGAGUGUUAUGUCACUUGCAUGUCACGUGCGUGACACCUGCAAGUCUUUUAUUGUCACUAAAUCCCUUUCGCUAUUUACAGUUUCUGUAACUUUCAAGAUGACACGAACUUCCAGAAGCACACAACACACAACUUUUCAUUUUUACUUUUUUCAUAAACCUAUUUAUAUUCGCUUCGGAAUAAAUGUCUGUGAUCUGAUGGCUAAGAAAGAAAGUUUUGUUGGUAUUUUCAUCACAAAAUGGACGGACCUCGGAACCCGGCUUCCUUCAUAACAUGUAGCAGGACCAGGAGGAAUGAACAUUGAGCUAUGUAUAUCUUUGCUCUAGUUAUGAUUGUCGUUGUGUAUUAUUGCUAGCAAACUAUUUUCAUUUGUCUGUCAUCAAGUUUGGAUAAGACAUUUUUUAAAUUAGCACAUGUCGAAUUUUCUUCUUUUUUUUUUUAAAUGAUUGUUGUCAUGUAGAAACUUCGCCAAACACAGCCUCGUAUUCCACUUGGUUAAGAAGGACUUUUAAUGAUCUCGACUGAUUGGUGACUUGAGCUAGCGACUAGGGAAACUCCGUCUGUCUAUCAAAUAGUUGGCCCUCAAGGGUUUUUUCCCCUCUUCACUAAGUUUUUACAGUCCUGGCAAGCCCUCUGUAGCAAUGGCUGUGGACCAUGCUAAAAGACUGCAACGAUUCCGGUUUCUAGUUAAAUCUGAGGUAACGUGAACCUUGUCGCAUAACUACAGUGAGCUCAAUGAUCAACUUCUUAAUGGGAAUAGAUAUAUAACACGAGCCAGGUCACUAAAAAUUAGGAAAAAUUCCCCCACUCCCAUGAAAAGGCCAAACGAUUCUUUAUAUUUGCAUGAACAUGCUCUGGACUGUUGCGUGGACCGCUGCUUACCGAUGUCAUUCAUUUUGAAACUUCCUGUCCCGCCAUGGGCCUCCGUCUCCGAUGGAGCUCAAUCGAUGCCGGUCCCCUUUGAUGCCGGGCUGAUCAAUGAGAAUCUGUAUAUGGUCUCUGUGAAUUGGGCUUCAUCAAAAGGAGCUUUUGUCAGGUGCGACAGGCUGUAGGUGACACGUCUCCACCGUGUGUGAUGUAGUUGCUAGGGCAAUGUUUUUGCCUACACCUAGAGCUAGUCUUCACUUAUUUCCUUACCUACCUAGCUCUUGUCAUCUCGGACUUCUCUCUUCUCUCUCUCAUAACAGCAAUUCUUAUGUAGCUUGCAGAACAGCAUUUUAGUUUUAUUUGCCCGAAAUACGCUAGUACUCGAAAGACAAUCAUAUCCAUUAAGUUCUGUAAAUGUUAACUAUGGUAUUUAGCACCACAAACAAAUGUUUACUACAUGGAAGUACUGUCUUCUGGAUUGUUAUUAAUGUAAUUGUUAACAGUCUGGAUAUCUAUUGUUAUGAUUCUUGGCUAUUCAUGACUUUAGAGCUUAAUUUGUAAAAUUAUCUUAAUUGUAAAACUACUCACCCCUUGAAAUGGGUCAAUGGCCUGAUCAAUAAAGUUCGUUCGUUCACUUUCUCGCUUGUUUUCUCUCCUUUGGUCGUUCCCCCCUCUUUCCCUCAUAUUUGCCAUUCUUGUGUAAUUUAAUAAUGUUUUAAUAUGUAACUUUUAUUAGCUAUUUGAACUUGGAUUUU